GUGAUCGACAAGGGGCGAGGGGUUCCCCUGAAACAGCGUGUUCUCGCAGUACCGACCCAGUUUGCUUUAGGGUGCACAUACCCAGCCCCUUUCUUCUUCGCCUCAAAUCGAACACCGAAAAUCCUAGCCCCUUUCUUCCCAGUUCUAACUUUUAACUUCUAACCCUAGACCUUACUCUUCUCAGUCUUAUGUUCAUCUUUCAGGGCCUUGAAUUGGUUCGUUGACACUCUAAUUCCGGCCCCCCUUCACCAAAAUCUGAUGGAGAAGACAUUGUUCCAAUCUUAGGUGCUGUAGUAAGUGAGCGCGAGUCUGCUUAUUGCAACCAGUGCAGGGCUAAACCAAUUAAGAACGAGGGCCGCUUUUCUCAGGUAUUCUGGUACAAAUGCCGCAAAACAGAGAUGAAGCUCCCGCAGUCAAAGUCUAUACGGUUUGCGAUGAAUCUAGGUAUUUGAUAGCCCGUAAUGUGCCAUCACUUGGAUGUGAAGAUGAGUUAGGGAAAGCGUUUCAAUCAUAUGGAGAGAUAGAAGAAUGUAAACCUAUGGAUGAAGAGGAUUGUGAACCAUAUACCGAUGUUUAUUGGAUCAAAUUUGUGCGUGUCGAUAAUGCUAGAUUUGCAAAGAGAAAGCUGGACGAAUCUGUUUUCCUUGGAAAUCGUCUACAAGUGUCAUAUGCCCCUCAAUUUGAGAGUGUUUCUGACACGAAAGAGAAGUUGGAAUGCAGGAGAGGGGAAGUUCUAAAACGAUUAAAUGCAGCUAAUUCCAGUGGGUCUAAAGCUCAUAACCCAGAUUAUCUCUUUGAACCUCCAACACUUCCAUCUCCGGCACAAACCAGUAUUAGCAGCCACGCAAACACUAGGCAAAGAGAUUUCACGAAAACGGACCACACUUUUCACACGGCAAACCCUCCGAUCAGAACAGUGUCCUCGAAUGAGGAAUACUUCCCAUCGCCAUCAAUGAAUGCAACAGUUCAAUUGGUCAGAGAAAAGCUUGAUAAGAUACAAUCAAGUAGUGCCCAUGUAGAAGCUGGAUCUGCGUUAAAAAAAGCACGUGUGGAUAACCGAAGGAGAAUCUGAUUUAUCUUCAGUGAUGGAAACCUCCCCUCCUAUGUCUUAUUUGUUGCACAUUGUUUAGUGGCCUUAUCUCACUCAAGAAGCCCAACUUUUGUUAUGGAGGAUUGUAUAGGGGCAGCAUUUCGAUUUUUGGCAAUAACAUACGCCCUGUAACUUGCAAGUGCUGGUACAGUUUUUCGCACUAGUUAAACAUGUAAAUAAUUUGCUUUUGUAUUUUCAUCCUUUUUGAACUUUUAUUACUAAUCUUUUUUUAUAUCUGUAGUACUCUUAUGCAUUUUCAUGUUUUCUGAAUUCUUGUAGUCAAAUGAAGCUUUUUGCUUAAUUUUCC